CCGGGCAUAUAGGGCACCGGAAGGCGCGGGCCGGCGAUCGCGCUGCCUCCCGGCCCCAGCCCGCAGGCCCCGCGGCCCCGGCGUGACGCCCGCACUCGGGAGCCUCUCGCGGCCGUGCCCCGCGCCCGCGUCGCAUCCGGUGGUUACCGGCCGGCCGGCGAUGGCCGCCGCGGGGGGCGCCCGGCUUCUGCGCGCCUCCUCCGCGGCCCUGGGCGGCGCGGCCCGGCGGUGGCUGCUCGUCGCCGGAGCCCGCGUGGGAGCCGGCGGCCUCCCGGGGAGCCGGGCGCCGGGCGGGAGCGCCGAGCCGGGCCUGGGCGGCGGCGCGGCGAGGCGGCCGCUGAGCCUGUCGGCCCCGGCGCAUGGCAGCUCAGAAGAUAAAAUAACAGUCCACUUUUUAAACCGUGACGGUGAAAUACUAACAACCAAAGGAAAAAUUGGUGACUCUCUGCUAGAUGUUGUGAUUGAAAAUAAUCUAGAUAUUGAUGGUUUUGGCGCAUGUGAGGGAACCUUGGCUUGCUCUACCUGCCACCUCAUCUUUGAAAAGCACAUAUACGAGAAAUUGGAAGCAAUCACUGAUGAGGAGAAUGACAUGCUUGAUCUGGCGUACGGGCUAACAGAUAGAUCUCGGUUGGGCUGCCAAAUCUGUUUGACAAAGUCUAUGGACAAAAUGACUGUUCAAGUACCGGAUGCCAUGUCUGAUGCCAGGCAAUCCAUCGAUAUGGGCAAGAACUCCUAAGAUAGAAUAAAUGGGAAUAUUUUCACAGAAUGUUACCUAUUUUUAUAAUUAUUAUUUCUUAAUUAAAUGAGAGCAUGGAUGAAUGAGUUUACUAUGAUGACCUGCUUUACUACUUUAAUUCACCUUGUAUAAUUACUGAAUUUUGUAGUCCGAAAGUAUGCAAUCUUUAUUUUGUUUAAAUUAUAAAAAGCAAAUCAAAUAUUAGAAAACAUAGGAUAAAAUGGCACAUAUUUUACCUUACAUUUGUUUAGCAACUUUAGCAAAAUGUUUUCAUAUAAAUUCUAUGCCUAUUUGCCUAUAAAGUAGGUUUAAAAAGGCACUAUCCCUGUGAGAUGUGGGUGAAGGCAGAGAUCUAAGAGUGAAUUAGAAAAUCUGUACCAGAACCCACAUCCUGUUACUACAAAUUUUACAAAUUUAAUGUUUAGAUUGAAACUGGAGAAAUUAUGAAUAUCUUAUUUAUAGUGGUAAUUAGUGUGAAUGUGAAUGGAAAAAAACUGUUGCUUCGUUCACUGAUUAAUUUCAAAGACAGUUGUAACCUUAUAAAUAAAUAUUUCAAAAUUUUA